UCUGCGCUUUUAGUCAGUGCUGUCAAGACGUGAACACUGCCGACGGACGCCGUACAAACUUCGCUGUGGCAUGGCGGUGUUUUUCUGCGCUCGAGAGCACGCGCUGCGUGUUGGAAUUUUGUGCGCCACCUUUUUCCUCGGCUACGGACAAGCUGCGUCGGAGCCCCGUAAUUGCACACCCGAAGCGGCUUUCCAGUGCUACGACAUGUACCGGCUGGAGCUGAAGGGGGCCCAGGCUUUAGCCGACGAGGGCACCUACCAGGAGGCGAUCGACCAGAAAUGCAGGCGCAUCAAGGACAAGUUGCCUUGUCACAAGGAAUUCGCCCUGUGUCCCGAAACGACAAGGUCGAAAUUCACCGUCCAGGAGAUGGGUUACCAGGCGGUGAGAGACAUAAUCUGCGACACGCAGGCACUGAAAGAUUCCUACGUCGCCGGCCGCUGUCAGGAUGCGACGAAGCUGAUCGACUGCCUCGUGGAAUGGACCUUCCGCAAUUUCGACGACGAUCCUCCCCGGGACGAGAACACUCGUUUGUGCAGGCGUUUGCAAGGCUCAUCGGCGUGCUACCAGGAGACGUUCGUCGCCUCUUCGUGCCCCAUGCCGCUAGAAUCGGCAAAGCCAGCCUUCACGACGACCCAGAAAGCGCUUGUCGAGCUCGUCGGCUGCGGCGAACCGAAUGGAUCGACGCCGUUGUCUUCGACACCCCAAGGACUGUUGCUCGCGAUGCUGGCGCUGUCUAUUGUCCGCUGGAUCACCUCUUGAUAUUUUACAUAAAUUAAGAGAACGCUGGCGAGAAACACUAAAUUGGUAAACAAGGUGUUUGUUCUUUUAAAACUUUGUAUGUGUUGUUACUGGCGAGAUGUACAGCGUUAAGCGGACUAUUUGACAAACAAGCGAGUUUCUGAAAAUCAGUUCUGCGGAAUCCCGCAAGGAAGCCAUGACUAAGCUAGCUAAAGCUUAGCAAACACCUAGAAUCAACCAGAUUAGACUUCAGAAUCGUCCAGUUUUGCUGUUUCAAGCUUUGCGGGACUUUGUGCAAGCUUCGCCAGUUUUUUCGCUUAGCGCUGUAGCUCUCGCCAGUAAUCAAGAAAUGUCGACUAGCCCCGGUCCGCUGACCUUUAAAGCUAUAUCUGUUGCUAAUUUCUUGGUAAAACAUGGAUGUACAUAGUAAUAUAUAAUUCGUAAGGGACAUUAAUUCCCAAUGUUCCUUCGAAGAAAAUGUCGUGGAACAUAGCGCUUUGCUAUCCUUCGUCGUGUUGUGCAGGCUCCCGGUUCAAAGGAGAGCAAACUAAUGUUAUAGCCAAGGCGGAAGGUAAGGCAGAACUAGGUAGCCCGUGCACGAGAUGGUUAGACGGUAUUCUAUGUAUUAAGCAAGUCUCACCUGACGUUUAUAUACUGAUCGUGUCUUGCAGGACUACUGAAGUAAAAAUUUCGUAUCUUGUUUUUUUUUUUCGAUUGAAAUAAAUAGCUGAUAACCCACUCGUCACGGCUGCAAACCUGGUUUGCUCGAGAGCGCGACGGUUGAUUUUUGAUGAUCGGCUCUUCUGCAGUGAGUUCGUUCCAAACUGUGAAUACCUACGACGAUCACUCUCCCUUGAGACUGCGUAAGUCUUGUUAUCUCUUACAUAGAGAAAGCAAGGAUGGUUCUAUAAUAUUUAAUGACAAAUUACUUAGUACGAAUCGAAUAACGGCGACUGUAUGAUUCGUAUUCGAAGUUCUUGAUACUCGCACAACCCCUAAUAGUUCUGGGGAAAAGAAUUGGAAUGCACGGUUGUGUCAUUUUGCCUCUGAUGUACCGAGUGUGCCUUCUAUUAAUCUGUACCAAGUACUGCAGCGGUGGACACCGCGUCGUUCAAAUACUCGCGGACCGUUGUAGUACCGCAAUAUUCAGUCAUAACCGCAUUGUGAUUUGCUCCUAGUACAAGGUGCUCUGUAUGUGAUAAAGGAUCAUUUUUUGCUGAAAUGCUUAUCAUGAUAUACACAUUAAACAAAGGAACUGUUGCGAACGUGAACGUCUCUACAUCGGUAUUUCUUAGUUAAUACAUAUGACUGGGCUAGUUGCUACCGAUUAAAUGCUUCCAUAAUACUAGCGAACACACACUGCAAUCUACACAGAACGACAGUGGACGUGUCGUCCUGUGUCGUUCUGUGUAGUCUUUACUGUUCGCUAGUAUUAUGGAAGCAUUUCUUAGCUCACUCUUAUUUUUGGUAUUUGCCUACAACUGCGUGAAUAACGAGAUUGCGUUUGCAAUUACAAUUCUUCCAGUGUUCAACACGAUGACUGCUGACUGAACCUUAAAGCGAAUGGGCAUCAUACAGAGUCUUAUAGUUAUUACGUCGACCGGUUUGGCCGACGUAGCAACGCCUGCCCGCAUGAGCAAGUCUGUGUACCCACAUUUUCUUCGACAUUCAACGAUAGCGCAGUGUUUAGGCAAAUACGUAGAACAGCGCUAACGCGAAAUCUUUUACGGCGUUUUCAUAUGAAAAAAAAAAGUGAAGAUAAUUGUGUCCACGUGCCUUCACUAUACAUACAUGGAAAUGAAAUCGUGUGAUCCAACAUGUGGCACAGUACCGCUCGCGGUGGUGCUUUUGUGCUCCCAUUUGCUUGUACUGUUUGUACCCUAGGGUAUAUUAUUGUGAAAGGGCAAUAAAUCUUGAAUCUGGUUUCCCGAAACACUGGUAAUUAAAACACGGCGAUUGAAAAGGCCGUAAAUAUUGGUAAUUGAAGAUAUUGGUAAAUGCAAUUCGCAAAUAUUGGCAACUGAAAAGGCCGUAGGGCCUUUAGCCUCGUUUCGAUUUUCUGUUUUUUUUUUUCAGCAUUAACCCUUUCAUACGCCAGCUAUGUAUAACUGUCUGCAAAUGUGUCAAGUCGAUACAAUGUUAUUUCAAGGCACUCGAUAUUAUAUUGCAACACAAAUAAUGUAAUACGUUCGUUUAUGUGCGUUAAAGUAAUCAUUCCAAAUUACUUUGUAAUCAAAUAUCUAUUUAUUCUGAAGCCAUUCAUGCUCUGUUUUUGCAUAAAUAGGAUGAAACCUCAGGCUAGAAAUAUAGUACAAAUUCGUUUUCGUUGAUGACCAUGUUGAACAACGGAUAAUUAUACUUUUCGCAUGGCUCGCAGGAAGCCGCACGUCGAAAGACUCGUCGAACGUGGUAGUGCCUUCAGCAAAGUGAUCGUAUGCAACAGUACACUGCAAAAUGAAGUUAAAUGAAGACAAAUUUACUGUGCAGGAGGUUCAAUUCAUUCACAGCUCAACGUAUCGUGCUCUUUCUUAGCAUCUAGUCGACACAAAUGGCAAAAACAACUGGUGUACACAAAUGUGUACAUAGCAUCUCAAAGAGUUAAGACCGUUCAUUCAUUCUUACAUGGCGAUGAUUCAAGGCCAUAUGUGCUGUGAAGCCUGCUUACAGUUUAUACCAAGCGAUAAAAACUAACACAAACCAAGAUCAGGCAUUCUGCGGCUCCCUCGUCUCUCCCCAACC